AUGACGCCAAGUGCCGUCCUGGGCGCGAUGCCCGCUCUGGCUGUGGCCAAAAACCAGCUCCGGACUCAGAUGAAGCAGCAGCUCAAGUCUCUGCCCGCAGCAUCGGUGUCUUUGCAGAGUGCGGCUAUCCACGGCGCGCUAUUGCGUUUCCCGCCGUUCGCGGAUGCACGCCGUGUCGCAGUUUUCUUGUCAAUGCCUGCCGCCGAAGUGCAAACGGACGCCAUCGUGCGGCACGCUCUCGCCGCCGGCAAGCAAGUGUUUGUGCCGUACCUGCACAAGCCAGCAGCGACAAUAGCGGCCGAUGACUAUAUCCCGCCGCGCAUCAUGGACAUGGUCCAGCUGCACGAUCUUGCCGACUACGAGGCGCUGGAGCGCGACAGUUGGGGCAUCCCGAGCGUGUCGGCCAGCAGCGUGCCUACGCGCACCCGCGUUCUGGGUGACGAUCCUCGGGAGGUUGGUGAGACAAAUGAAGACGGAGAGGGGAAGCGUUCGCUCUCCGCUCUUGACCUUAUUCUCAUGCCCGGUGUUGCCUUCGACGUCCACCCAGAAACACGCCGCAUCCACCGCUGCGGCCACGGCCGAGGCUUCUACGAUUAUUUCUUGCAUCGCUACGCACUCAAAACGGCAGCUGCUGUCCCGCCGCCGUCCCAGGCCGUCCGUCUUUACGGCCUUGCCCUGAGCGAACAGGUCUUGCCUGCUCAUUCCGUGCCAAUAGGUCCGCAUGACCAACCGCUGGACGGCCUCAUCACGGGCGACGGAGCUAUAAUAACACCGGAGGCCGGGGCAAACACAAAACAAUAG